GCACGACAAGAGCAGACUUCUUACUGUUCUUUUUUUGUAAUUGUGGGCUUGUUUUUUGUACCGUGAAGUGUCCGUUUGUGUGUGCGUGUGACGGAUCCAUCAUGUUUUUGGAUGCGCAGCAGACGAGGACUGCCGGCGGGGAGCUGCUGAGCACGGCGCUGCUGCUGCUUCUCUCCGGUUGUUCCAGCAUGGAUGUGACUAUCCCCAGUAACAUUAAUGCCCUGAAUGGAACAACAGUUAAAAUUCCUUGUACAUUCACUUCCUGUUAUAAGAUGGAUGCCGUCAACUUUGCAAUGAACUGGACUUACCAAGAAACUCAUAAUGACACAGAAGAAAUUUUUAUGACAUACUAUAAGAAAAAAGGAAUGGUGCCUCAACGGCCAGAACGAUUUGGAGACAGAGUGACAUUUGCUGGGAACCUUGAUAAGAAUGACCUCUCCAUCACCCUAUCAGAUGUACAACCUGAAGAUGAAGGGAUUUACCACUGCUAUGUGAGAAAUCCCCCAGACCGCAUCACAGGACAUGGAGUCAUAAAGCUCAAUGUUGUCACUGAACUUCCGCCUCCCAGGGACUCAACCAUUGCUGUUGCAAUUGGCGCAUCAGUUGGUGGAGCACUGGCUCUGCUGAUCCUUUCCAUGGUUGUAGUGAAAUGUCUCCGUCGACACAGGAAACAGGAACUGAUUUCAGAGGAAAAGAUGGAGGAGGAAGGAAAACUGGAGACUGAGGGUGUUACAGAGGAAGGAACCAAACAACCAUAGCGGGGUCAUAAGAAAGCCAAUGGCCUGAGGAGCUCUCACCUUUGUCUGGUAAGUAAUU